AAAAGAGAUGCCUGAGUGACGUCACCUCACAAUAUUAUUACAGAGAGAGAGAGAGAGAGAGAGAGAGAGAGAGCUAUUAUCCCUCACCUCGGACGAUGAACAGAGUAGUUGUAGCAAAAGGAGCCUGAGAAAGUAUUUUACGUUGGAUCCUGUUGGAAAUCUGUGGGAUACAGGGAAACACCGUGAAUAUGUGGAUUUUACGCCAUCUGCUGGUUGUUCUUAUGCACCUGGUCCUCGGAAGCUUUGCACAGCGAUACUCCAAUGGUUAUUAUUAUCAGGACAUUGUUAAUGGAAAUGGAAAUGGCAAUGGCAAUGGGGAGAUAUACUUCCACAGGAUCCGUCUUCAUGUUGAAUCUCCUGAAACGUUUGUGUCAGCUGUUCAGGGGAGUAAUGUCACGCUGCCCUGUCAUUACCGCUAUGAGCCCGCACUCAGUUCGCCCCGCAGAACGCGGGUCAAGUGGUUCUGGCUGCCCAUAAACGGCGGAGGGCAGGAACGUGACGUCAUGGUGGCCAUCGGCUCACGUCACCGGAGUUACGGAGAAUUCAAAGGACGCGUGCGGCUCCGCCGGAGCGUCCCAGGCGAUGCGUCCCUCGUCAUCAACCCGCUACAGUCCGACGAUACCGGCCGUUACCGGUGUGAAAUUAUUGAUGGUCUCGAGGACGAGAGCGUGACUGUACAGCUUAAGUUCCGAGGUGUGGUGUUCCCCUAUUAUUCCCCUAGGGGGCGUUAUCUGAUGAACUUUUAUGAGGCUAAGGAGGCAUGUGAGAUUCAAGAUGCACACCUGGCUACCUUUGAGCAGCUCUUCGCUGCUUGGCAGGAUGGGCUGGACUGGUGUAAUGCUGGGUGGCUCGUUGAUGGGACGGCACAAUAUCCUGUCUCAGUGCCACGAGAGGCUUGUGGCGGCACCCACCUGGCACCUGGUGUACGGAGCUACGGCGUUCGAGACAAAAGUCUGGACCGGUUUGAUGCCUUCUGCUUCACCUCAUCCAUUAGAGGAGAGGUCUACUUGUUGCAACAUCCCAUCAAACUAAAUUUCACUGAGGCGGUGGAAGCCUGUCAGAACGAUGGAGGUCAUAUUGCUAAAGUUGGCCAGUUAUACGCAGCCUGGAGGUUUGUGGGAUUGGACCAAUGUGAUGCAGGCUGGUUGGCUGACGGUAGUGUACGUUACCCAAUCAUCCAACCGAGGGUGAACUGUGGUACAUCAGAACCAGGAGUCCGCAGCUUUGGCUUCCCUCCGAAGCAUUUAAAACAUGGCGUGUAUUGCUACAAAGUCCGCUGGUAAACAGUACAAUUCAUUUUAAAUGUAUAAACACUUCUGUGAAAACCACAACGAACAGUUUAGUACUUCUUUUUCUACACUACUGAUAUAUACGUGUUUGUAUUGUGUCUUGAUUUGAUUUAAAAUGUCCUGGAAUUCCCCUAAAAUAUUAUACUGUGUGGUAAAAUUACAUUCCCAGUGCUGGUUUGGAUAUUUACAAUUUAAAACUUAAAAAAAUGAAGGUUAUAACUGUGGUUAUUACAUUUUAUACAUCAUGUAUAGUUCUAGUGUUUUUUAGGGUUAAAGCCUGAAUUUGGUGGUGGGUCAUUCUUUAAACACUUUUAUUAUCUGAUUGCUUGAAUUAUGAAGCAUUUUAAUGCAAAAAAAAAAAGAAAAAGAAAAAAAAAGAAUCAGUCUGUGCCAUCUGCUCAUAUCACAUUUGUAUGCAUGACUUCUUACUAUUAUAUGAGACGUCGUCAUCCGAAAAGCCAGUUGUCUUGUCAAUAAAUAGUUUUUCCCAACAA